AUGCUGAAAAUACUGAUACAGCGUCAGAAUCUGAGUGGGCAAGGAAGUUCGUCAUCUGCAUCUUGCGUGUUGAUUUCUGGUACUGAGCCUGAGGAGUCAGAAGAUAUUUCCAGAAACAGAACAGCAAGCGAGGAAACUUUAUAUGCCAGGCAACAUCAAGCACUGGGAAGCCUCGACAGCAUUGCCCACCUACUGAUGGAGUCAGUCUCAGAUACAGACAAAACGCUGACUGGUAGUCCCUCUACAACAGGAUCAUCUGGGAACUCCAAGAAAACUUCUCUUGGUGGAAAGGGAUCAAAAACGAAACACUUAGACCCGACUGAUCUGAACAAGAAAAUUCUGGACGUUAACUCAGUAGAAGAGGAUUUAGCCGAGAGAAUGAUUGUGUAUAAAGAUGGAAAGAAAAGAAAGCCACAGAACCUAAACAAAAGCCCAAAGAAUUUUGAAAUAGCACAGAGAAUGGACUCGCAUCCUAUGCACAAAAGGAAACCGCAACCACCAGCAAGGAGACAGAAGAGACUUUUUGUUCCGGAAAACAACCUUAAAUGGCCUAACAGAGAAAUACCAUACAGUAUACAAAGAAACACAUACCGAAGCCUUGGUAACUUAGAGACGAUAUUUAAUGAAGCAGUGGAAAAGUUUAACGAUGCGGCCUGCGUAACAUGGAUACCUAGAACAACAGAAUCCACCUACAUCAACAUCGUGGGAAACCAGCAAUUAUGUGCCUCUUAUGUUGGUUACGGCUCAGGGCCGUCUAAUGUACAAGACCUUUGGCUUUACGAAAACGGCUGUGUAUAUGUUGACAUAGCAAUACAUGAGAUGUUACACGCUGCAGGAGCGAUGCACGAACAAUCAAGAGAGGCCGACCGUGAUCCUAUCAUCACCUAUAACUGGGACGCCAUCUCCAGCGAUGCGGAGUUUAACUACAGGGGAUUCAAACUCACCAAUGCCCGCCAAUACGAUCUAGGGUCGGUUCUCCAGUAUGAAUUGACGUACGGGUCUACAACCUAUAUGAUAUCCAAUGAUCCUGAUCUGGCUUAUUUGCCCAGACAGAUGAAGGAUGACCUGUCAUUUUAUGACAAGGCUGAACUGAAUGCUUUCUAUCAAUGCGCUGAUGACUGUGUCAAUCCCCCCACCUGUCAAAACGAGGGUUUUGUGAAGCAGAUGGGAGGAGUGUGUAGCUGUGUCUGUGUGGAGGGACUAAAGGGGGAAGACUGCUCACAACUCGAUACCUCUCCCGGAUGUGGGGACAUCAUAACACUGACCAGUGGUGGAUCACAACAAAUCGUUAUGUCCCCUUACACAGCUGGACUCAAAUGUACUUGGCUGAUCAAGGGUGCAGAGAAAACUAAGAUCCGCCUAUCUGUUGAUUCCAUGGACCUGCCAUCCAAUCCACAAGACGCUUGUUUUCAUUUCCUGGAAGUCAGAGACUAUCUUUCUGGGACUCCAGGAAAGUUAAUUUGUGGAAACUCAGGUGGUGGUGUUUUCACUAAGAAACGCCUAGGACCUACCAAUAUGAUGGUUGUCCAAUUUGAUAGCGAUACAUACAACACCAUUGCCCCCGGAAAUGGAUUCACCUUAACGGUGGUAGCAGUGCCUUCAGCCUGUAGCAGUAACCCCUGUAAAUAUCCGGCUACCUGUGUCGACGGAGCUACGGCUGACGACUAUACGUGUGAAUGUACGGCAGGAUACUCAGGCACGAACUGUGAUACAGUCUCAGCUUCCGCUGAGGUUACUGAUAGUUUUGAGGAUGACUUUACAACAUUGAUGAGACACGUGACUACCGGUGUAGAUUUUCAGUGGUCAACUGGUCUGUAUUUUGAUAUGAAUGGAAACCAAAUACAAGCGUCUAAUGGACACCUUAUGGCUCAAAUGAUCAGCUACUUUCUCAAUACGCCUUUCUACUAUGCCAGCAUUGCAAAAAUGGAAACAUCUGCAAUAUUUGAAAGUGCAGACCGCUGUUUGAGAUUUGAUUAUGCCAUAUCUAACAGAAAUCUACGCAGCACGUGGAAAACGAGACUCACAGUUAAUAUCAUGAGCGAUUCUAAGACGACACCACACGUGUUCAAUACCAACACCGGUAAUGUCUGGACUACAGCUGAAAUAAACAUGCCAGCUGUGUCCAAUUUAAAGGUUGAAUUUGAAGGCUACUUCGGUGAUCAGGAAUUGGCUGUUGAUAACAUUCGGAUAUCUCCUCUACUCUGUAAUGCCCCUGGACCAUGUGACGGCGUAGAUUGCCAAAAUGGGGGAUCAUGUCAGGUGACAUCAUCGUCGACGUUUGAGUGCCAGUGUCAAACGGGUUUCUCUGGCCAGUUCUGUCAAAAUGAUGUAUGUAGCAGUAACACCUGUGUGAAUGGGGUCUGUAAUCCUGUGUCAGCCUCGGACUAUACCUGUCAGUGUGACGAGGGGUGGUAUGGAGAAAACUGUGACAUUGAUCCGUGUUCGACAAAUGACUGUGUUAAUGGAGAGUGCGUUGCUUUGUCAGAGACAGAGACUGAGUGUCAGUGUAACACUGGAUGGUCGGGAACUAAUUGUGACAUCCAAUUAACAAGCUACACCUGUGAUUUCGAGGAGGACCCUGAAGCUAGUUGUUUCCUGACAGAAAGUGCCAACGAUGAUUUUGAUUUCACCCGAAGAAGCGGAGGUACACCCUCAAGUAGAACUGGACCGAGUGGUGCAGCCUCUGGAAACUACUAUAAAUAUACAGAGGCAUCCUCUCCACGAUCCCGGGGCGACGAGGCCAGCCUGGAGAGUGACGCCAGUUUCCCAGCUGGAACUUAUUGCCUGAGUCUCGCAAUAUCCAUGUAUGGGACGCACAUUGGGUCCUUGGAAAUUUUGACAAAGGAAGGAAAUAGUGCUGAAGUUAGGCAUCAAAUAUACAGCGGAAAUCAGGGGAGGAAAUGGUUUACUUAUUCAAAAGAACUCAGUCUUACCUCAUUAUCAAAGAUCAUCAUCCGGACAAGGAUUGGAGGAAAACGGAAAACCAGCUAUAGAGGAUAUAUUGCCGUAGAUAAUAUCGCACUGGAAUCUGGAUCUUGUGUUUAA